AUGGAUUUGUUUCUGGGCACGUUACUAGGCGGUCUGGCACAAAUUGCCCUUCCGUAUGUGGUGAACAGUAUUGGAAGGGUACGCCGUCCAGAGCGCGUUGACGUUGGGAAGGCGCUGCGCGAGGCACGCUGGUGCCGUCCGGUUAUCCCUUACAGGGCCCCUACGCCAUACACAGGUGGUCGGGUGAAGGCGCUGUUUAUAGGUAUUAACUACACAGGAACACGAAGUCAGCUGAGUGGGUGUGUUAACGAUGUUAAACAAAUGCUUGCAACGCUGCAGCGAAUCCAGUUUCCCAUUUCCGAGUGUUGUAUUCUUGUAGAUGAACCGCGUUUCCCCAACUUUACAGCCAUGCCAACCCGAGAAAACAUUAUAAGGCACAUGGCGUGGUUGGUGUAUGAUGUUCGACCGGGGGAUGUGCUAUUUUUUCACUACUCUGGGCACGGGACGGAGACUAGGUCGAAGAACGACGCGGCGGAGGCGUACGACCAAUGUUUGGUGCCGCUGGACUACGAAUCGCAGGGUGCCAUUUUAGAUGAUGACUUGUUUGAGUUACUUGUCAAGGGACUCCCGGCUGGAGUGCGGAUGACGGCAGUCUUUGACUGCUGCCACUCCGCCUCGAUGUUGGAUCUUCCCUUUGUGUACGUGGGAAACAACCGCUAUCUCUCGGGAGGACGGCACGAGAUGCGGAAGGUGCGUGGCAAUAAUUUUUCAAAUGGCGACGUGGUGAUGUUUAGCGGGUGCGACGACGCCGGAACAAGUGCCGAUGUGUCAAACACAUCCUCGUUUGGGGCGGGCUCCGUAGCCGCUGGUGGGGCCGCAACACAGGCCCUCACCUGGGCCUUGCUAAACACCUCUCGACUCACUUACGCGGACAUUUUCAUUAAGACAAGGGAGAUGCUGCGUCAGAAGGGGUACGCGCAGGUGCCUCAACUUUCCAGCUCAAAGCCAGCAGAUUUGUACAAGCCGUUUUCCCUGUUUGGCGGAAUCACAAUGAAUACUAGUCUCAUGCAGUAUGUGCCGCAGCAAUACCAGCAGGCAUGGGCGUUGCCGCAACAGCAGCCGUAUUACCCCCCGCCAUCGCAACAGCAGCCGUAUUACCCCCCGCCAUCGCAACAGCAGCCGUAUUACCCCCCACCAUCGCAACAGCAGCCGUAUUACCCCCCACCAUCGCAACAGCAGCCGUCUUAUCCACAACCGACGCGCUCGCAGUACAGUGACCCCCAGCCUGUGGUUGGAAUUCCUCUCGCACAGCUGUCAACUGGAAGGCCACCAGAACAGUACCCAACAGCCCUUCCUGGAGGACAAGGUGGGGGAGCACCUCCGCAGUACCCACCAAUCCAAUACCCACAGUAUUCUUCCUCGCCGUAUUUGAGCGGUAGGGGAGAACCCUUGUGA